AUGGCAGAAGUACUAGACACCAUCGUUAUCGGAGCUGGCUGGUCCGGCGCUGUUGCCGCCCGCGAGCUUGCCGGCAAGGGACGCAAGGUCCUGGUCCUGGAGGCCAGAGACAGAAUCGGAGGACGUGCCAACACCUGGGUCAAGGGAGAUGUCAAGGUUGAUGUUGGAUGCAGCUGGAUUCAUGGUUACCGGGAGGGAAAUCCUGCUAGACACAUCGCUCAGGAUUUCGGUGUUGCUGCUCACCUGCCCCAGCCUGCUGAGGGCGUGAUUUAUGGCCCCAAUGGCCGCCUUCCCAGUUCUAGUGCCGAUAGCCUGCGUUCAGGCUUGGGUGCUGCUCAGGCUUCUACCAAGCUUCCCAACCCGCCUCCCCCAUCGUCUGCCUCAUUGGCAUCUGCCUUGCUGGCACCCAACUCGGCUCUCUUCUCAACAGCCUCCGACGAAUCCUCAAAGGAUCUGGCCGCUGCUCUCGCUCGAUCCCUAGAGGUCCCGCUGGGCCUCAAGCUCGAAAAGGCUUCUCUCAAGUGGGCUGGCUGGGAGGGCGCUACGGCAUUUGCAGGUUCCGAUGCUGCUCCCGAGGGAGGUUACCAGGCUCUCGUCACCAGGGUCGUCGAGGAUGCCAAAUCCAAGGGUGUCGAGGUGAAGCUGGGUACCAAGAUUGCGGGUGUAUCACACAGUGAGAGCGGCGUCGUUGUCACGGAUACCAACGGCAACAAGUUCACGGCGAAGACGGCCAUUUCCACCAUCCCUCUUGGUGUCCUCAAGACCCUUCCCGAGAGCACCUUCAGUCCCGCUCUGCCACCCCGAUUUCAAGAGGCGAUUAAGGGCACCCAUGUUGGUGUCCUCGAGAAGCUUCUGCUUCAAUACCCCAGCGCCUGGUGGCCCGAGGCCGACAAGGCCGGCUCCUAUACCUUCUUGCCCACAUCCACUAAGCCUGUCACCGAGAGCUCUACGCCCCUGGAAGUCUUCGAGGCUUCUACUCUGGUCACCGCAAACUUCGCGGCGCCGUCGCUACCGGGCCCGAGCCCAACUCUUCUGACCUAUCUCUCAGAGACUCCUGCCACCGCCCUUCUGCGACACGACCCGAAGGAUGUAGCUGCCGCCUUCCACAAGUUCCUCAUUUCCCGGUUCCAACCGUCCUCUCAACCCCCAGAGCCGACAGACACCAGCCUGACUAAUUGGCUGACUGACGAGUACUCCCGUGGUGCAACAACAACUCCCUCUAUCAUUUCAGAGAACGGCGAGCGUAGUCCUCUUGACUUCAAGGAGCUGAGCAGGCCUGUCUGGGACGGGCGCCUUGGCUUUGCCGGAGAGCACACCGAGAUGGAGCACCGUGGCAGUGUUGCUGGAGCCGUCGUCAGCGGGUACAGAGAGGCCGAGCGUGUCGGAAGACUGCUCAAGUUGCUCGAGGAGAGUGCGAAGUUGUAG